GCUGUGUCAGCCGCAGUUAGUAAUUGAACGUUUUAUUACAGUAGAAUUACAAUAGAAGUGGUGGUUAUAUGUACGAUUUUUUUUUGACAAAGUAUUAAAAUUGCGUGAGAGUUAAAAUGCCUACCGAAUAUAAACGCAAAGGUAGUGUUUGUCGAGGGGAAUGGUCAGAACAAGAUUUACAACAAGCUAUAGAGGCUGUACAAGAAGGUAGAGUAGGUGUUCGAGAAGCCGUUCGUUCCUUUGGUGUGCCAUACACAACACUUCGACGACGCUUGAGAAGUGGCAAUCAUGGAAAGCUUCCAUUGGGACCAUUAUCUACUUUAGGACAAGAAAACGAAGUUAAAUUGGUCAAUCAUAUUAAAAAACUUCAAAAGUUUGGAUUUUCGCCAUCACGAACAACUGUACGCUCUAUGGCAUUUGAAUUAGCCCAGAAAUUAAAUCUCCCACAUAAAGUCAAUAUUGAAAGAUGUAUGGCAGGAUAUCAAUGGCUCGAGUCAUUUUUAAGGCGCAAUAAGGAUCUAGCAGUGAGAAAAUCCGAAGCAAGAAUCUGCAAUGUAGAUGAGACAGGUCUACAAAUGAACAACAAACCAGGCUUUGUUAUUGCUCAGAGAGGUUCAAAAAACGUAUCGGCAGUGACAUCAGCAGAAAAAGGCGAAACAAUCUCCGUAAUAACAUCUUGCAAUGCGGAGGGGUCAUUUAUACCACCAACGUGCAUCUUUAAGGGUAAGAAUCAGAAACCAGAGUUUGCCGAUGGUAUGCCACCAGGCUCCUUAGUAUUCAUGUCUGAGAAAUCAGCUUAUGUCAAUAAUGUUUUAUUUUUGAGGUGGCUUAAAGAACAGUUUGUCCCAAGGAAACCUCCGGGAUAUGUUAUGUUAAUCCUCGAUGGACACUCAUCGCAUUGCAGCAGCGUAGAGACACUAGAAUAUGCUUCUGAAAAUGAAAUAAUUUUUCUGUGUCUACCUAGUCACACAACUCAAUUUCUUCAGCCUCUAGACAGAGGAGUUUUUAAGUCACUAAAGGCGUUUUAUUAUGAAGAAUGUAAUGCUUUCAUUAGAAGAAAUCCCAAUCGACGCAUUAACAGAUUGAUUUUUGGACAAUUACUCGCUGCAGCUUGGGAGAAAUCAACAACUGUUAAAAAUGCGGUUUCAUCUUUCAGAGCUACAGGAAUUAUGCCUUUCAAUCCGUCUGCGAUUCCAGAUUACGCUUAUCUUACUGACAAACCUCAGGGAGCUUCACCUAAUGAACCUGAAUCUCAAGUUUUACCGAAUGGUGAAAUAUCUGUUGACAAUAGAAAUGAAUCUGCUCAGGAUUGA